CUUGUGGUUAGUGAUAUCUUGGCCAGAGCAGUCUGGUAGAAAGAACUAUCUUGGGCCGUUUUCUGGGGCCAAAAACGGAUGCCAGUCAGUCCGCGUGAAUGGCCCCAUGCACUACUACUCGUGCAACCCUGCUGAUGGGCCGUCAUGCUAUCUUCAUCAUGGUCGGUGCAUUGGACUAGCAAGCUACUAGCUCCCAUGCCACGCGACGCUGAUAACGUCUCAGGAACAAUUGGCGGAAACGUGCGGAAAACGUGCCAAGAAUACGACAGGACAUGGACUCUCACCAGCCGGUCGUGAAACAUGCUACGAGGAUAAUACGCCUAGUCGAUAUCACUCUGAACGAUGGAUGGGAAUAGGGUACAGCCGGAUGACGGAACUUCCUAGCACUGUCCGCACAGGCCAGCUCGGUCAUGUGUGCACACGGUCCCCCUGGCGUAUAUUAAAGCAGCGGGGAUUGCAUCAGAUGGAACAGUAACCCCUAGCACCAAAUCAAGCCAUGUCUACAACCGAGACGCAGACGAUCCUCGCCAGGCACACGGCGUUGAGCCAACAGGUGCCGGAUGAUCCAGCCGUGUCUACGACCGAAACACAGGCCCUCCUCGCCGGUCUCGCGGCGUUACGCCAGCAGGUGCCUGAGGAUGAUGACCUUCGCCGGCAGCUGUCCCAUGCGCUGUCGCAGGCCCUGGUGGCAGUCGAACGACCAUUGGAGACCGUCCACCGGAUCUCUUUUGCCCCCCUGCAAUUGACGAUGACCAAGGUCGCCAUCGAUCUGAACCUCUUCGAGAUCCUCGUUGCGAAAGACGAGCCGAUGAGCCUGGCGGAGCUGACCCAGGCCACCGGCGCAGACCCUGUGCUGAUCGCGCGCAUCCUUCGCUAUCUGGUCGCCUUCCACCUGCUCGCUGAAACCGGAGUCGACCGGUUCCAGGCCACCGCAGUGACCCGAGCCCUCACCGUGCCGGGGUUUGCAGCCGGGAUCAAGCACCAUUUCGAGGUGCAACUGCCCGCCUGGGGGGCCCUUCCGGCCUUCCUCGCAGCAACCAACUACCAGAACCCCUCCGAUCGGGAGCGCACGGCAUUCCAGCAGGCCCACCAGACCGACCAGACGGUCUUCGCCUGGUUCAUGGGCGGCAGCGCCCCACCGCGGUUGUUCGAGGAAUUCAGUCUGUGGAUGAGCGCCCAGCGCGUGGGGCAGCCCAUCUGGCUGGACGUGUUCCCACUGGAGCGAUUGCUUACUUCUGCCCCUAAAACAAUGGCCACGACCACCACAGCCCCCACUACAGCAGCAGCAGCCGCAGCAGCAGCAGCAGCAUCGGCAUCGCCGUCUCCUCUCCCACCCCUCUUCGUCGACGUUGGGGGCGGCGUCGGCCACCAGUGCGUGGAACUGCUGAAGCGGCUGCCCCAAUGGCACGGCCGCGUGGUGCUGGAGGACCUGGCCCCCGUGGUGGCCCAGGCGCUCCCGCACGCCGGGUUCGAGCGACGGGCGCACGACUUCUGGACCCCGCAGCCGGUGGUUGGGGCGGGAUUCUACUACCUGCGCAACGUGCUGCAUGACUACCCGGACGAGCAGUGCGUGCGGCUGCUGGGGCUGCAGCGGGCGGCGAUGGGGGCGGGGUCGGUGGUGCUGGUGGACGAGAUCGUCUGCCCGGCUUGCGGGGCGGGCCCCGCCGUGGUGGAUAUGGACAUCACCCUGAUGGCGUGCCUGGCGGCGCAGGAGCGCACGCUGGCGCACUGGACCCGGCUGUUCCGGGCGGCGGGGCUGGCGCUGGUGGAGGUCGUGCCUACUGCUUAUGAUGCGUGGGCCAGCCUUGAUGUUACAUGA